GCUCAAAUGACCUGUCUAUCAAACGUUCAGGGGUCAGUGGCCAUUUUGAUAUCACAUUUUCUUCAAUGUUUACUUUUCAAAUGAAACUAGAUCAUAGAAUGUGUCGAAGUUGUGAUAGCGCUGUCGGCUAACGCAAAAUGCUACUACUAUAUUCCGUGGAUGUUUAUUGAUAUAUAAAUGUGUUAUGGACUAAAUACUUCAUUGAAUUGUAUUGUAUGGACCCUUUACAGUGUAACCAAACCAUUUUUGUUGGAAUGUAAUGGAUCAGUGGACUAACAGGAGGCUUCAUGGGUUACAGCAGCGGAGUUAACACAGGUGUACCACACGGUUAAACACAACCUCAGCUAUAACAGUGCUGACUGUGGACACAAGCUUAACCAAAAGAUUCUUCAUGACUCCAAAAUCAUAAAGAAAAUGUCCAUCGGGAGAACUAAGGCAGAAGCAAUGGCCAAAGACGUCCUUGCUCCAAAGGCAGUGGCUGAUGUUGUUGACGUCUUAACAUCAGGUAAACCACUCCCGUUCUCCAUACAGACGGAUGCAUCAAAUAAAGGGAACAGGAAGAUGUUUCCCCUUGCUGUACAGUAUUUCAGGCCAGAAACUGGGAUCUGCAACAAAAUGCUUGAUUUUGGAGAGAAUGCACAUGAGUCAGCUGCUGAUAUUAUGGAUUACAUAGAACAUUCCCUUGAUCAAUUUGGCUUAUCGUUAGAUCAAGUUACAGCAUAUAGUGCAGACAAUACUAAUGUCAAUUAUGGAAUCCACAACUCUGUCUUCACCAACCUAAAGAAAAAGCAAAAAGAUCUGCGGCAAGGGAACUGCCAUGCCCAUAUUGUGCACAACACAGUGAAGCAUGCUCUCGAUCAGCUCACUGUAGAUGUGGAAAAUGUUGUGCUGAAGGUCUAUGGCCACUUCUCCACAUCUGCCAAACGAAGGGAAUCACUGAAAGAGUUUUGCAAGUUCUGUGAUGUGGAGUUCCGCAAGAUUCUGCGACAUGUUACAACAAGGUGGCUGUCCCUCAAUCCAGCCAUUUCCCGGCUUAUGCAGUCUUGGACUGCUCUCAGGUCUUAUUUCAUCAGUCUGGGGGAAGAGUGUCCCAGACAGAUCAGCGCUUUGUUGAAGCUCAGUGAAGCCUCAACUGAGGAAGAUGCUGAUAAUGUGGAAGUUUACCUCCUGUUCUCCAAUAACAUCCUCUCCCUCUUUGAGGAUGUUGUAAAGAAGCUGGAAAAUGAUUCAACCACCUGUGUUGAGUUAUAUUCCAUCAUGUCUACCUUCAAGCAAAAACUCACACAGAGAAGAGAUGACCAGUUUUAUGGCUACUUAACAAAAGUGAAGCUGCAGCAUCUUCUCCCACAUGAUGCAGACAGGGCAAGGAGAGAUUUCACAGAAUUUCUCAACACAGCAAUCUCAUACAUUGAGAAAUGGUUUGACUUUUCAGAGGACAACUGGCUGUUCUCCCUGCAACCUCUCUCUCUGCACCAUGGCAUGCUUUCCUUCAGCGACACUGAGAUGAUCACUAAUAAGCUUAAGCUCGUCCAAAAAGUCAGCAUGGAUGAACUUUAUGAUGAAUGCACCACAGCAAAUAGCAUUCUGAAGGGGCUCAGAGAAGGUGCAGAUGACGAAUGGAAGUCCAAAGACGUGGCUGCCAGGUGGGUGGCUCUCUUUCAAGUAUCUAACCUGCCUAACAUGCUGUCCAUCAUCAGCCACAUCUUAAGUAUCCCAGCAUCCACUGGUUAUGUGGAAAGGAUCUUUUCCAGAAUGUCCAACAAAUGGAGUGACAGCAGGAACAGGUGCUCUGUGGAGCUCAUAAGGAGUGAGCUCUUGAUCACUCUCAACUUUGAGCAGUCCUGUUCAGAGUUUUACUGUAUCUGUUUUAAAGACAAACAGCUUCUCAGUGCUGCACGGAGUGACAAGAAGUACACUUAUAAAAGGAAGUAGGCAUGCUCCAAUACUGCACACUACUACUUCUGGGCCACUGAUGUUAUCAUGUUCAUGAUGUUCAUGGAAGAUCCUUUGCAAGUCUCCUGGCACUAUAUAUAUUUUUUUCCAAUAGACUUUUUUGAGUA